GUGGACGUUUCGCGUUGCCGCUACACCGAGGGCCAACACAGAGCGGGACAGAGACAGCCUCCAUGAGGAACCGUCUCCUGCAAGAAUAACACAGCCUGACACACACGGAGGAAGCGGGAGGACUCUGCACAGGUCUGGAGCUUUGCAUGCGGUGAUAUUUCAUCCUGAAAUGUAGCCAGCAGCGUCAGUGCGGGUUGUUGUAAUCGCUCGGUCGCUGCAUGGCUCUGCCCGGGGAUGCCAUGAAAAUCAGAAGAGCCGACUGAGAGCGCUGCUCCUCGCUAUCACACACACGGCGGCGGCGGCGGCGGAGGAGGAGGAGGAGGUGAGCGAUGGAUACUGGUGGAAAGAUCCACAUUAGGUAGCGUCCACGAAGAUCCGAGGGGAGCUGAACGUCUCUGCUGCACAGUCAAGUCGCCGCCGGAGCUGUCUGAAGGAUGGAUUUCACCCUGCUCCGGAACAUCAUCAGCAGAUACUGUGUGGGGGAGGAGAUCUGGGUGGACAGUCGGACGGUGUACAUCGGGCAUAAAGAACCUCCUCCGGGAGCUGAGGCCUACAUCCCUCAGCGUUACCCCGACAACCGCAUCGUCUCCUCCAAGUACACCUUCUGGAACUUCAUACCCAAGAAUUUGUUUGAGCAGUUCAGAAGAAUCGCUAACUUCUACUUCUUGGUUAUUUUUCUGGUCCAGCUUAUCAUCGACACCCCCACCAGCCCAGUCACCAGCGGCCUGCCCCUCUUCUUUGUUAUCACUGUCACCGCAAUAAAACAGGGCUAUGAGGACUGGCUCCGACACAAGGCUGACUGCUCUAUAAACGAGUGUCCGGUGGACGUGGUGCAGCAGGGGAAGGUGGUGAGGACACAGAGUCACAAGCUACGGGUGGGGGACAUUGUCGUGGUAAAGGAGGACGAGACUUUCCCCUGUGACCUCAUCCUGCUCUCCUCCAGCCGCGAUGAUGGGACGUGUUAUGUCACCACCACCAGCCUGGACGGGGAGUCCAGCCACAAGACCUAUUAUGCUGUACAAGAUACCAUGGCCUUUAGAACAGAGCGGGAGGUGGAUUCGCUACAUGCCACUAUUGAAUGUGAACAACCGCAGCCUGACCUCUACAAAUUUGUGGGACGCAUCAAUAUUUACAAGGACAAAGAAGAGCCUGUGGCGAGACCACUUGGGGCUGAGAAUUUGCUCCUUAGAGGAGCCACACUGAAGAACACACAACGCAUUUAUGCUGUUGCAGUCUACACUGGCAUGGAGACUAAGAUGGCGCUUAAUUACCAGUCUAAAUCUCAGAAGCGCUCCGCUGUAGAAAAGUCGAUGAACGCCUUCCUGAUCGUGUAUCUGUGUAUCCUGAUCAGUAAAGCGGUGAUCAACACGGUUCUGAAAUACGCCUGGCAGUGGUCUCCGGACCGAGAUGAGCCCUGGUACAACCACAGGACUGAGAACGAACGCCAGCGCCACGUGGUGAUCCGAGCAUUCACAGACUUCCUGGCCUUCAUGGUCUUAUUUAAUUACAUCAUCCCAGUGUCUAUGUACGUGACGGUGGAGAUGCAGAAAUUCCUGGGCUCAUAUUUCAUCACCUGGGAUGAAGAAAUGUUCGACGAAGAGCUGGGAGAAGGAGCUCAGGUCAACACCUCUGACCUGAAUGAGGAGCUGGGGCAGGUGGAGUAUGUGUUUACAGAUAAGACGGGCACGCUCACUGAGAACAACAUGGAGUUUAUUGAAUGCUGCGUCGAUGGGAACGUCUACAUCCCGCAUGCCAUCUGCAACGGCCAAAUCCUCAGCGCUGCCUCCAGUAUAGACAUGAUUGACUCCUCACCUGGAGGAUACAGGAGAGAACACGAGGAUCUGUUCUUCCGGGCGCUGUGUCUGUGUCACACGGUGCAGGUGAAGGAGGAGGAGACGGUGGACGGCAUCAAGAGAGGCAUCCACCAGGGCAGGCCCACCUCCUUCUACAUCUCCUCCUCACCAGAUGAGGUGGCUUUGGUGGAGGGAAUGAAAAGGCUGGGCUACACCUAUCUGAGACUGAAAGACAACUACAUGGAGAUCCUCAACAAAGACGAUGAGAUUGAAAGGUUCGAGCUGCUCCAUGUACUGAACUUUGACUCCGUCAGGAGGAGAAUGAGCGUCAUCGUCAAGUCAAGCUCAGGAGAAUACCUGCUGUUCUGUAAGGGGGCAGACUCGUCCAUUUUUCCUCGGGUCGUGUCUGGGAAGGUGGAGCAGGUGAAGGCCAGGGUGGAGCAGAACGCUGUCGAGGGGCUGCGGACUCUGUGUGUCGCUUACCGAAGGCUGUCAGAGUCUGAAUACCAGGAGGCACGUCAUCACCUGAACGAAGCCAAACUGGCCCUGCAGGACAGGGAGCAGAGGCUGGCGCAGGCCUAUGACAUCAUCGAGAGGGACUUUGUGCUUCUGGGCGCCACGGCAGUGGAGGACAGGCUCCAGGAAAAGGCUGCAGACACCAUCGAGUCACUGCACAAGGCUGGGAUGAAAGUUUGGGUCCUGACGGGGGACAAGAUGGAGACGGCGGCGGCUACUUGCUAUGCCAGCAAGCUGUUUCGUCGCAGCACGCAGAUCCUGGAGCUGACCAAGAAACGCACGGAGGAGCAGAGUCUGCACGAUGUUCUGUUUGAACUGAACAGGACGGUUCUCAGACAACGCUCGAUAUCUGGGUUGUCAGUUGAUUGCCUCGACUUUGGUCUGAUCAUCGACGGGGCCACUCUGUCUGCAAUACUAAAGCCCAACCAGGAGGGAGUCAGUUCUGGCAACUACAGAGAGAUCUUCCUGGAAAUUUGUCGCAACUGUAGCGCCGUGCUCUGCUGUCGCAUGGCACCACUGCAGAAAGCUCAGAUUGUGAAGCUAAUCAAAGCCUCCAAGGAGCACCCCAUUACCCUCGCCAUCGGCGACGGGGCCAAUGAUGUCAGCAUGAUCCUGGAAGCGCACGUGGGCAUAGGCAUCAUGGGUAAAGAGGGCCGACAGGCAGCCAGGAACAGUGACUACGCCAUCCCGAAGUUCAAACACCUGAAGAAGAUGCUUCUGGUUCAUGGCCACUACUACUACAUCCGAAUCGCUGAACUUGUUCAGUACUUCUUCUACAAGAAUGUAUGCUUCAUCUUCCCUCAGUUCCUGUACCAGUUCUUCUGUGGGUUCUCCCAGCAGCCUCUGUACGACACCGCCUAUUUGACGUUGUACAACAUCAGCUUCACCUCACUCCCCAUCCUCCUCUACAGCCUGGUUGAGCAGCACGUCACCAUGGAGACGCUCAAAAGGGAGCCCUCCCUGUACAGGGACAUAGCGAAGAACUCCCUCCUCCGCUGGCCGGUCUUUCUGUACUGGACGUGCCUGGGUGUGUUUGACGCUGUUAUCUUCUUCUUUGGUGCCUACUUCCUGUUUGACAACACCACCUUCACCAGCAAUGGCCAGCUUAUGACCACCAACACACAGAUGAUGUUUGGGAACUGGACAUUCGGGACUCUUGUCUUUACUGUGCUGGUGUUCACCGUUACUCUCAAGCUUGCCUUGGACACACACCACUGGACCUGGAUCAAUCACUUUGUCAUCUGGGGGUCACUACUUUUCUACGUUAUUUUCUCUCUUCUCUGGGGAGGCAUCAUUUGGCCCUUCCUGAACUACCAGAGGAUGUACUACGUGUUCAUGCAAAUGCUGUCUAGCGGUCCGGCCUGGCUCAGCAUCAUCCUGCUCAUUACGGUCAGCUUGCUGCCAGAUGUCAUCAAGAAGGUCCUCUGCAGGGCCCUGUGUCCCACAGCCACCGAACGUGCACAGGUUCACAAGAAGCUGUUGCGGGUUGGCGUGGCCGAGUCGACUCCACUGUCCUCUCGUCGGUCCUACAAAGGCACGAGCGCGGACUCCUCUCACCUCCACCUCGGCGCUGCGGAGACACUGUCACUCCGCAGGUCUGACCCCCUCCCCCAGAAACUGCUGGUCCACUUGGCAGAAGGCGGAGGGGCAGACUUGUGCUCUCUCAGCCCCUACGUGCUCCGUCUCUCAGGGGCAGGAUUUGCCUACUGUGCUCCGGGGCCAGAGACCUCCGUGUGAACGCAAGGCUCUGAAACUAUGAGUGUGUGUGUGUGGAUCUCUUGGGCUGAAACAUAAAGUGCAUCUCGAGAUGUGCGACACAAGAUCUGCAUCUCAAGGAGGAUUUAUACAGCAAAAUACAAACACGUUCACACACAUCAACCUCCAUGCUGAGUUCACCAUGUGCAUUCUGUGGGCUACACCUGAGUGAACAACCCUUUAGAUAUUACAGCCCCGACGCCUCAUCUUCAUACUUUAACAUCUUUUUGUUUCAGUGUAGUCCUCCGUCUCAGUCUCAUCGAAGUUCCUACUUGACUUGACAGAGUCCAAGAACAAAAUGGGAACCGUGUGUGAAGGUGCAUUGUUUCAUGCACCGUGGAACUGUCCUGUUUCAGGCCUUUUUGUACUCCUGUCCUCAUUUCUAGUCUCACAUUUUUGCCUGUUCCUCCACUUCCGUGUCCUCUUCGCUUCUUUGUUAAUGUUCGUCCACAACAUUUAAUGUACAGUACGUGGUCUGGCCAAGUUAAGGGGCAGCCGUCAGCCCUUUAGGUGUGCGUGCGUGUGCAUGUGCGCGAGUGUAUGCAUGAAAUUUGCCUGUUAACGUAUGUUUGUAUGUGACACACCUUUGCCUUACAGGUAGCCACACAGCAGCAGGCUUGGAGCCAAAGGAGAAAGGUGUUAAAAAAUGAUAUUAAUAAUAAUAAGAAAAAGCAGAAGUGGUGUAUUACAAAGCCUUACACACACACACACACACACAUACACACUCAGCUAAAAGAAAAUCUGAAGAGGGAUGUGCAGUAUUCUCGCCACCCUGCCUUAAUUCAUACGUUUUAGUAUUUGUAGGUCAGUUUCAACAUGUUUGUGAGCGGACAGGGAGGUUCAGAGGGCAUACAUGUCUGGUACAGUGUGUCUGUUAGUCCUCUUCUUUUACCCUCACAACUGUGUUGACUUUUGUUUUUCUUACCUGCCAGUUGUAGCAUGUCGGAUCUCCCUGCUGCAUGUUGAGCUGCUCCUCACUCCAUUCACCCCAGACCUCAUUCAUCUUGAACCACAUCAUGACACCUUUUCUUUCCACCCCAACACUGUCCCGCCCCCGUGUGGCCGUGUCGGCUCACAGCAGCAGCCCAAGACUCGUGGAGUCUUUACUUAUGGAUGUCCUAAAUGCUAUCCCUUACUGUUUGCAUUGUGCUUGUGUGUUUGCUGCCAUGCUCUGUGUUAUGCAAAAGUUAAUGUAAGAAUGUCACGUCAAGGGUUUUUUUCUCUGUGUUGCAUUUAUCAAUGAGUUUUUCUGUAUUGUUCUAAAAUUAUCGAUGGCAGUCACUGUUGAUGUAUGGAUGUAACUUAAAAAAAAACUUUUGAUAUAUAUUGUAGUGAGCAGGGGUGUUGAUGUAGUCUGUCGUACGUAGGAGGGAGACUUGAAUCGGCGAUGUCACAAUCAAAUCGAUAGAAUGUUGAACUGAUUUGUCCAUCAUGUCCUCCAGCUAACGAUUGUAGCUCAUUAUGGAUGAACGUCUUUUCUGCAUCUCUAACAUCCGACGUCCUCUUUGUCCAAAGCAUAUCUGUCUAGUUGCACAGCAAGUGACUGACUCGGGAAGUCUUGAAUGUCCGAUUCUGAAGCAUUUUUGUAUGUUUAUACAGUUUAUUUUCAUACACAUCACCAUCUGCCAACAUGUAUAGAUUUAAUAACAGGUGUUCGGUAUUUUUUUACUGGGGCACAGAUGAUUUAUUCGGUUGGAGGUCUGGAUUUUUUUUUCACUCAAAGCCUCCACAAGUGUUUGAACUUUCGGGGGGCUCAACAUCCUGACCUCAGUAGAUUAAUAGAAGGGCCUUGGUGCUUGUUAUGCAGUGUCCCACCUCACUGUGCUGUUGCCAUAAUCUAUCCAGACAUAUUCUACAUGUCACACACCAGUCCUACCACAGGAAGGUCUAUUUUACUUUAUGGGAUGGGGAAUUCUUUGGAGUCAUUCUUCAAACGCAGCUCCGUUUUUUCACGUCUACUCGUCAUUUCUGUGUUGUCCAUUGUGAAUAUUUCUUUUGCUACUUUUGUAUCCCAGAGAGAAGAUUAUAUUUUAACUGUUAGAAUGUGUGUUCAAGUUUGUAACCAAAAUUAGAGCAGCAUAUACAUUAUAUGAUUCAUUAGAGAUUUACCAAUAGGUCUACACACUGCACUUUGUUCUACAGCAGAUCAGUUUUUCCCCUAAAAAAACAAGGUCUAUUGUCUGUUGACUAGGGUUUAUAAGUGUUCACUCUUCCUCACAAGUUAUUUUUCUAAGAAUGUAGUGGGUGAGAAAAAAAAAGUGACCAAAUAACUUGACUAGGAAUGGACUGUCUGUAGCCUCUGUCUCAAACUGGGUUUAUCGCACCAGCCUUCUACUGCUGAUCAGAAUGUCAAACUGCUUUUUCUAAGUCCAUCAGCAGAACAGCAGGUGCUCGUCCCGUCACUCCUGAGCUUGGCAAAGGUCUGAAAUGUCGACUUCUGUGCUCUGAGCGGCACGCCUCAUAUCAUACCUUCAGUACAGCACUGUUUGUAUUACUAAACAGGUUUUGAGAAUUUACUUUUUGUUUUUGGAUAAAGAUUUUAAAAGUUCACCUGUUGACUUUUUUGCCAGCCUGUCUGUAGCAAAUGAGGGCAAAGCACUGUAUUGUCAUUCUGCUUGUAAUAAAGAAAGAGUGAAAACACUUGUCCUCUUUAUUAAUGCUGUGCGUUAUUAAUGUCAUGGAAUAUCUGUACAGAUAUAACAUUUCUCUGCUGUUACCCAUGCCUGCCAGUAUUUCUGUCAUU